GUUCUCCACUGGAUGGAUUGUUGCUGGUGUUCUUUUUCUUGUUGCUGGUGUUAUUCUAGCUGUGUAUAUUUCAUACAGGCGUAAAAGAAGGCCAAAGAUCAUCAAAGUGGAAGAAGGCGGUGAUGUUAUUUUACCCUGUUCCCUCAGGAACAAGGACAUUCGGUCAACACAGUUUAUCUGGCAGAAAAUGUCUCAGAAUGAUGAAAGUCAGAUGGAGGUGUUCCUGUAUGAUGAUGGUGAUCUUUACAGUGACGAGCGUCCAGGUCAGAGUGAGCAGUUCAAAGGUCGAGUCUCACAUUUUCUAGAUGAACUGAAACAAGGCAACGCCUCCAUAAUCAUCAGAAAUACGAGGAGGGCUGACAGAGGAGUCUACAGAUGUAUUAUUCCAUUAAAUCAGAAACCUGAAAUGUUCUACAUUAAGCUUGACGUUGAGCCAAAACUCAUCACAGUGGAAGAAGGCAGUGAUGUUACUUUACCCUGUUCCCUCUGGACCAAGGAGGACCUUCGGUUAACGCAGUUCGUCUGGGAGAAGGUUUCCCAGACAACUGAUGAUGAUCAGAAGGUGUUCCUGUAUGAUAAAGGUCAUCUUUACAGUGACGAGCGUCCAGGUCAGAGUGAGCAGUUGAAAGGUCGAGUCUCACAUUUUCCAGAUGAACUGAAACAAGGCAACGCCUCCAUAAUCAUCAGAAAUACGACGAGGGCUGACAGUGGAGAAUACAGAUGUAUUGUUCCAUUAUAUCAGAAACCUGAAAUGUUCUACAUUCACCUUGUUGUUGGUUCAACUCCAGAGUCAGAUGAACUUGAUACAUUAGUGUAGAAAGGCAUUGGUAAUGUCUGUGUUGCUGGAAACAUUUAUUUAGUUUUCAGUUAUUUUAUGCUUGUGUUAUAUCACAAUGUAUAGGCUCGUUGAUUUUGUCUUGCAGUUCUAGUUGAUUGUGUAACUGUGUGUAAGACUUGUACAGUAUUCCUGUUCCAGAGGUGUGUAGAGCAGAGAGGACCAGAUCAACAUGAUGAUGCUCUUAUAAGUCUUGUAUUUUUGUAUUCAGACCAAAUUACAACGUUUGCUGUUAUGAUGUGAAGUGUGAAAUAUUUUGUAAAAAAGGUCACUUAAUAUAAUUUUUUUGUUAUUUUAUAGUGUGUUUUAUUACAGUUGUUUGCUCUUUAGACAAUCAUUUCUUGCUUGUGUAUUUAGAAGAAUAGUAAAGGCUGAGAUGUGGUAUUGAUCUUCUUAUCUAACUCAGUGAGAAAGUGAAUAAAGUGCCCUGGUGGGUCACCGGGUAGAGUCCUCACCACAGUGACUUUGGUUUGAGUCCACCACAGGGCCCUUUGCUGCAUGUCAUCUCCUGUCUUUCCUGACUGUCUCUAUCACUAUCUUUUAAAAGAAGAUACGCCAAAGAAAAAAGUAUUUAGAAAAAAGCCUCUCUGUACAGUACACUUUACUAUGUUCUUGCACUAUUUAUGUUGUUAAUCAAUAAUAAAGUGCCUUUUAUCAUUUCAAUUUAAAUGUAUUGAAAUUAUACUAUUCAAAAUCUUGAAUAAAACGUCAAUAUUGACAUUAU